UUCUAAAAAACCAAGAAAUUAGUAGGAUUUAUAGGCAGUAAAUGCGUUAUUCUGAGGCUAUUUAAGCAAGAUCCAUGUAUGAUUUCAACUGAACGAGUACCAGAAAGUAUGAAAGAGCCCGAGAAGAUAGGCAUAUCUACGGUAUCAUCACCGUCUAACGUACCCAUAUCAAACGAAAAAGCACAGGAAACAGAGGCAGGAAUAGCACAGAAAAGGUCUCCAAAGGUAGGAUUAAGCCGUUCCGGGUCCAAAGAAGAGCAUAUAUUAAGCAAAGAACGCGCAUAUAUACGGAAAACUAUUGGGGAUUGGCAGUUAGGGAAGACAUUAGGGUCAGGAAGUAUGGGGAAGGUUAAAGUUGUAACGCAUAUGAGUACAAAUGAAAUUGCAGCGGUAAAAAUUAUUCCGCGGCCAUUUUCACAGGGAAUAUCAAUUGCAUCACAAAAUGUGGAUUAUGGAAAAGAGGUCCGUACGAUUCGUGAAAUUGCGAUAUCAAGUUUACUUCAGCAUCCGUAUAUAUGUACGUUACGAGAUGUAAAAAUACAGCCGAAUCAUUAUUAUGUAUUUUUUGAGUAUAUUAAUGGAGGACAAAUGUUAGAUUAUAUUAUUUCACAUGGAAAAUUAAAAGAAAAACAAGCGCGAAAAUUUGCGCGACAAAUUGGAUCCGCUUUAGAUUAUUGUCAUCGGAAUUCUAUUGUUCAUCGAGAUCUCAAGAUCGAAAAUAUUCUUAUAUCGAAAGAGGGCGAUAUUAAGAUGAUCGAUUUUGGAUUAUCGAAUUUGUAUUCACCGCAUUCUCAGCUAUCGACGUUUUGUGGAUCACUUUAUUUCGCGGCACCGGAACUUUUAAAUGCCAAGGCGUAUAUCGGACCGGAAAUUGAUAUAUGGAGUUUUGGUGUAGUUCUUUAUGUUCUCGUUUGUGGCAAGGUUCCGUUUGAUGAUCAAAAUAUGCCAGCUCUUCAUGCAAAAAUUAAGCGGGGGCAUGUUGAAUACCCAUCAUGGCUUACUAUUGAGUGUAAACAGCUUCUUUCAAGAAUGCUUGUAACGAGUCCGAGUCAACGUGCUACUCUUUCGGAGAUUUUGAAUCAUCCAUGGAUGAUGCGAGGCUAUGAUUGCCCGCCAAAUAAUUACCUUCCUCCACGAUAUCCAAUUACGUUUCCUUUGGACAUGGAGAUUAUUCGUCGAAUGACAGGAUUCGAUUUUGGUAAUGAACAAACUAUUCUUGCGAAAUUAACGAAUAUUCUUGAAUCGGAAGGAUAUCGAAAACUUGUCAAAGCAUAUUAUAAUCAAUCGCAUGAUACACAUGUUUUAUCCUUAUUAAUGGACAAAAAGAAAAACUUUUUUGACUUUUACAAACGUAAAAUCUCGAGUUCACCCUCUAAUCCGCCCUUAUCAUCCGAUGUAAAUCAGCAUCCUCUUAAAUCCAAACCCAUUUAUAUCGACGCUUAUCAUCCAUUAAUUUCUAUUUAUUAUCUUGUCAAGGAAAAGAUAGAACGGGAAAAGAAAUGCAAUUAUCAAGAUUCUUAUAUUCAUGGAAAUGAUCAUUAUGAAGCUUUAAAUUCUUCUACACCAAUUAGUGCGAAUUUAAGUCCAUUAGAUCAUAAGGAUUAUCAUAACACAAUACCAUCAAUAAAAAAACAAACAUUUCCAUCACGAGCACGAGCAAGAACAUAUGACGAAAAAGAAGUAGCAACAGCGAUUAAAGAUAUUUCAUCCAUAUCACCGAAUACGGUUGAUAAUCAUAAAUUAAUUAAAGAAUCGAAAGAGAAGAAUUUCAAGAUUUUUCGACGAUUUAGCUCUAAAAGAAUCAAAAAACAUUUUUCGAAUCCUACAUCGAUCCUGCCUUCUUUAAUACCGGUAGAAUUAUUAACACCGCCUCCCAAGUCUUUAUCAAAUAAAUAUUCACAUGACGUGGAAUCUUUACGAGAAACAGAUGCAAAAGUACGGUUGAGCAAUCCUUUUGCAAACGUGACUAAUCUAAAACGAUCCGUCUCAAUUAAUGAUAAUGCGUAUUUAUCCAGACGCAUAUCUCCUCCACUACAUAUACAUAACCCAUCUAGCUCGAAAGAUCAUUUAAAGGAUAUGAAGAAGAAUUCUAUCACGGAAAAUGGAACCCAGCCUUCUUUUCCAAAACCAUUUAAUGUCGUAUCUACUUUUAGCUUUAAAGGGAAUCGUACAAAAUCUCUAGGACAUGCAAAAAGUGAAGUUUUACGAAAAGAAAAAAAAUGCCAAAGACAAUCUUCUGUUUUGAUUAGACAUAAUUCACCCACCACUAUAGCAAACUCAAACAAAUACGUUUUUAACCAUGCAUGCCAAUCUUUAAAUUCUACUCAGCCUUCACAAGAAGUAACAGUAAAAUCAGGAUUUUUAAAAGGAAUAUUUAGCGUUUCCACUACAACCUCAAAGCCUCCACAUAUUAUUAAAAGUGAUUUGAUUUGUAUCCUAAAUUGUUUGAAUAUUUCGUUUCGUGAUAUCAAAGGAGGUGUUUUUUGUAUUUAUCAACCAAGUAUUAAUCUAAAGGAUUUUAUAAACAACACAAUAGAACCAAAUCAUCAUGCUAUAAAUCCGAAGACACAAUUAAAAAGAUCUAUAUCUUUGCAUAAAAUGAAUUAUAAAAGAAAAAAGAAUGGAAUCGAUAUUCAUCCAAAUACAAUUGGAAGUGAAUCAGAUGACUCCCUUGAUAAUGGGAAAAACAAAAAUGCCAAUUUUACAAUACAAUUCGAAAUAUAUAUCGUUAAAGUGCCAUUAUUUGCAUUACAUGGUUUACAAUUUAAACGUGUAGGAGGAAAUGCUUGGCAAUAUCGUUCACUAGCAAGUCGGAUUAUAGCCGAGAUGAAAUUAUAAUUAAACACUAUGAGAAUUCGAUGUACAUAAAUCUUUGAUUGAUCGA